AUGCUCCAAACCACUUGGCCUCAGGAGCCAGUGACCUUUGAGGACGUGGCUGUGUACUUCACCCAGAACCAAUGGGCCAGCCUGGACUCUGCGCAGAGGGCCCUGUACAGGGAGGUGAUGCUGGAGAAUUAUGCAAACGUGGCUUCCCUGGUGUCUCCAUUCCCCAGACCUGAUCUGAUCUCCCAGCUGGAGAGAGGGGAAGCUCCAUGGGACCCCAAUCCCUGGGAAGCAGAGGAUUUGAGAGGCAUCUGUCCAGGUGGUGAGAGGGGCAUCAAGACAGAAGAGCCAGCAGUAGAGCAGCAGGCCUCUGAGGGCACAGAGGCCCACGGCAGGCCCGUGGGAGGGCUUCUCACGAACGUGUCUCAUCACUUGGAUUUUGAAAGCAAGGCAGUGUGGCAGACUUUCAAUCUGAAUCCCAAUCUGAUACUUCGAGGCGGCAUGAAGUUCUACAAAUGUAAAGAAUGUAGGAAGAUCUUCCGAUACAACUCAAAGUUCCUUCGGCAUCAGAGGAGCCACACUGGGGAAAAGCCCUUCAAGUGCAAGGAGUGUGGCAAAGCUUUCAAGUCCAGCCAGAAUUGUAUCAUACAUGAGAAAAAUCACAUUGGUCAAGGACCCUAUGAAUGUAAGGAGUGUGGCAAAGGUCUGAGUUCCAAAGCCGCCUUGACCCAGCACCAGUGGAUCCACACGGGGGAGAAGCCCUAUAAAUGUACGGAGUGUGGCAAAGGUCUGAGUUCCAGCACUGCCUUGACCCAGCACCAGAGGCUCCACACUGGGGAGAAGCUCUCUAAGUGUAAGGAGUGUGGGAAGGCGUUCACCCAGAAGGUCACCUCCAUUCAGCAUCAGAGAGUUCACACCGGAGAGAAAGCCUUCAAGUGGUACCCCAGCUUUCUUCAGCAUCAGAAAAGGCACCGUGUGGAGAAGCCCAUCAGGGCGCUCGGGCCGCCCCUGCUGCGUCCCCAGGGCCCCUCUGCACCCUCAGCUCCCGGGCGUCUCCAGGGCCCGGACUCUGCUCCUGCUGUGGCCGUGGCCUUGCCACACACCAUCCUCACUCCUGCCUCCGGGCCCGUGUUCAUGCUGCUGCCCGCCGCUGGGGUGCUUUCGUCCCCUGUCCACGUAGUUCUUGUCUUCCAGGGUCUUCCUCCCCCUGUGAAGCCUUCCCCAGUUAUUCUGACCCCUGCUCCUCACCCCCCGUGA